AUGGGCGAAGACCUUUGGAAGGUAACGGCUGAGAUGUACAGCUCGCUAAUAAGCAAGCCUAAAAUGAACGAUAAAUUGCUUAAGAAGCCUCCGUUUAGAUUUCUUCAUGACGUUAUCAUGGCAACCAUGGCGGCUACAGGCUAUCCCCAGGGGUUAUUUACUGAGCAAGAAUGCGAUUCUGCAAACGUGACGGAGCGAGAUGCAAAAACAAAUUUCUUAGAAAAAAUUAUCCAGCACGUUUCCAAUACAAUCGGCGAGCAAAUCGCUGCAAAGCCUAGCAAAAUUGUUGCCGGCCAAGAAUGGGAAAGCACAAACAUCUUUUUGCAAGGCCUUUAUAGAGCAGCAACAGGGCAAUACCAAAAGCAAGCACUUCCUGCAGAGGAGCCAAGAGCCAAAAGAAAAGAAGACAGAAAAGCCAGAGACCCUGAGGAAGGCAAAGCCAAUGAGGAAGCCAAAGCAAGAGAAGAAGCCAAAGCCAAAGAAGACGCAAAAAACCGAGCUAGAGAAGAAGCAAAACAAAAAGCUAGAGAAGAAGCUAAAGCAAAGGAAGCCAAAGCUGCAGAAGAAGCUAAAGCCCAAGAAGCAAGAGCUUUAGAAGAGGCUAGAAAGAAAGAAGAGUCCCGCAAAAGAGAAGAGGGCAGAAAAAAGGAAGAAAGGCCUAAGAAAGAAGAAGACAAAAAGGAGCCGCCUAAAAGAGACGAAAAAGGCAGAAGAGGUGAAGAGAAAAAAGCACCACCAAAGCAAGAACCGCCUAAAGAAGAACCUAAAGCAGAACCUCAAAAAAAGGCAGAAAGACCUACAACAGCUGGGAGAAGGCCUCCAAAAAAUCAGCCAAAAGGUGUAGAAGAAGUAAAAGGACCUUCUGCUCCGACUCACAUUAUUUCUGAAAGCAAUAAAGAUGAAGAUGAAGACAUCCCUAUUACUUCUCAACAACCCUCCAAAACAAAUCCUCAAUAUGAAAAUAUAAAAGCAGAAGAGCAUGGAAAGUUUGUUAGAGAGGCAAUGGAAAAAGAUAAAGAAAGCAGCAAAAAAGUCGUAAUUGAUCGUGAAAAAUCAGAUUUAAACGAAGAUCAAGGGAAAAAAAUCAAGCUAGGUAGAAUAGGUGGCAAUAGGAAAGGAGAUAGACCAGCUGCACCAGUUGAUAUUGCUGACAUUGAUACCCUCAAGACUUCGAUCCAAAAGCUUGUCCAAAGCACAAAUCCAUUAGGAAAAUCAAUGGACUUUGUUAAUGAUGAUAUAGAAAGCAUGAAGCGAGAGUAUGAAAAAUGGAAAAAUCAAUAUAUACAGGCCAAUGCAAAAAUGGAAGAACAGAAAAGAAUCACUGAAGACCAGCUACAGCCACUUUAUGAUAAACUAGCAGAGGUGGAGGAAUCAAUUAAGGAAAAACAAUUGAAAAUUAACCAUACUAAGGCCCAGAUUUUGAAGAAUGAAAAUUUGAUCAGAACUUUAUUGCAGGACGUCGUUUCUGUGAAAUAA